CCCGGCACCAGGCGGGGCCCGGGCCAGAGCGCUGCCGCCGCUCUGCUGCAGCCGCAGCUGCUGCUCUGCUGAGCGAGGCCGGGGGCCGGGCUGAGAGGCCAGGGCGCCCUCCUUCCCACCUUCUCCCGCCGCUAUGAGCCAGGGAAGUCCGGGGGACUGGCCCCCACUCGAGCCCACCUCCGGACCCUCCGCUCCCCCCAACCCCUUCGUGCAUGAGUUACAUCUCUCCCGCCUCCAGAAGGUUAAGUGCUGCCUCCUAGGGGCACUGCUGGCCCCCAUCCGAGUGCUUCUGGCCUUUAUCGUCCUCUUUCUCCUCUGGCCCUUUGCCUGGCUGCAAGUAGCUGGCCUGACUGAGGAGGAGCUUCAGGAGCCACUUACAGGAUGGAGAAAGACUGUGUGCCACAACGGGGUACUGGGGCUCAGCCGCCUGCUCUUUUUCCUGCUGGGCUUCCUCCGGAUUCGUGUUCGGGGCGAGCGGGCCUCUCGCCUUCAAGCCCCUGUCCUUGUUGCCGCCCCCCACUCUACUUUCUUUGACCCCAUUGUUCUGCUGCCCUGCGACCUGCCCAAGGUUGUAUCCCGAGCUGAGAACCUUUCUGUGCCUGUCAUUGGAGCCCUUCUUCGCUUCAACCAAGCCAUCCUCGUAUCCCGGCAUGACCCGGCUUCUCGGCGCAGAGUGGUGGAGGAGGUCCGAAGGCGGGCUACCUCAGGAGGCAAGUGGCCCCAGGUACUAUUCUUUCCUGAGGGCACCUGUUCCAACAAGAAGGCUUUGCUUAAAUUCAAACCAGGCGCCUUCAUCGCAGGGGUCCCUGUGCAGCCCAUCCUCAUCCGCUACCCCAACAGUCUGGACACCACCAGCUGGGCAUGGAGGGGCCCUGGAGUACUCAAAGUCCUCUGGCUCACAGCCGCUCAGCCCUGCAGCAUCGUGGAUGUGGAGUUCCUCCCUGUGUACCACCCCAGCCCGGAGGAGAGCAGGGACCCCACCCUCUACGCCAACAAUGUCCAGAGGGUUAUGGCACAGGCCCUGGGCAUUCCAGCCACCGAGUGUGAGUUUGUAGGGAGCUUGCCCGUGAUUGUGGUGGGUCGGCUGAAGGUAGCAUUGGAGCCACAGCUCUGGGAACUGGGAAAGGUGCUUCGCAAGGCUGGGCUGUCCCCUGGCUAUGUGGACACUGGGGCAGAGCCAGGCCGGAGCCGAAUGAUCAGCCAGGAAGAGUUUGCCAGGCAGCUGCAGCUCUCUGACCCACAGACAGUGGCUGGUGCCUUCAGCUACUUCCAGAAGGAUGCCAAUGGUUUGGUGGACUUCCGAGAUGUGGCCCUUGCACUGGCAGCUCUGGAUGGGGGCAGGGACCUGGAGGAGCUAACUGUCCUGGCCUUUGAGCUCUUUGCCGAGGAGCAAGGAGAGGGGACCAGCCGCCUGCUGUACAGAGAUGGCUUCAGCACCAUCCUGCACCUGCUGCUGGGGUCACCCCGCCCUGCUGCUGCCACUUUGCAUGCCGAGCUGUGCCAGGCGGGACCCUGCCAAGGCCUCUCCCUCUGUCAGUUCCAGGACUUCUCCCUCCGUGACCCGCUCCAUGGGAAGCUUUUCAGCACCUACCUGCACCCCUCCCAGACACCAAAUGCCUCAUCCCCAGGCAGCCCCGCUGCUCUGGCCAAUGGGACUGUGCACGCACCCAAGCAGAAAGGCGACUGAGUGCCUGGACCUCCCCAGCUCGCAUCCGGCCCUCAGACUCAGGGCAGCGCCAGGGGCCGCCCCCGGGCCUCAAGUCCUCUCUGCUCCUGCUUGAUUUUUUUGUUAUUGUUGUUUUUUUAAGUUGAUUUUCAUUUUUUGUUUGUUUGGUUUUUUUGUAAGAAACUAUUUUAUAUAUAAAUAUAUAUCUAUAUCUAUUUAAAAAAGAACGAAGCCC